UCAUGAAGACACACAAAAGCCCAUGGCCGUAAGUGAAGACAAAGAAAGCAAAAGGCCGCUUAGAGACGGCCACUAAACUACACUCUCUUUCUCUCUCUAAAAGCCGGCUCUCUCUCUCUCUCUCUUCUAUAUAAUUAUUUUUCCAUAUUCUUUGGAUUUGAAUAUCUUCUCUUCUGACCUAGUCCUCGUUCCCUUCCUCUUCUCUCUAUCUACGUACAUUUUUAUUUCUCUGCAUAUUCUUCUGUUUUGAGCUUACCUAAUUCAUUUUAAUGGCCAAGAUCAAAUUACCCAAGCAAACAAGCAACACUAAUAGUAACAGUAAUAGUAAUACCGCUAUGAAAUCAGCUUCUGCUUCUUCUACCAAGACUAAACGUACCAGAAAAACUGUUCCUCGUGACUCUCCUCCUCAACGGAGCUCCGUUUAUAGAGGCGUUACAAGGCAUCGAUGGACUGGACGUUACGAAGCUCAUUUGUGGGAUAAGAAUUGCUGGAAUGAAUCACAGAAGAAGAAAGGACGACAAGUGUAUCUAGGUGCGUAUGAUGAAGAAGAAGCUGCAGCACAUGCCUAUGACUUGGCAGCUUUAAAGUACUGGGGGCAAGAUACCAUCCUUAAUUUUCCACUGUCAACUUAUGAAGAGGAGCUAAAAUAUAUGGAGGGUCAGUCAAAAGAAGAGUAUAUUGGAUCCUUGAGGAGGAAGAGCAGUGGUUUUUCUCGUGGGGUUUCCAAAUAUAGAGGUGUUGCAAGACACCAUCAUAAUGGAAGAUGGGAGGCUCGAAUUGGGAGAGUUUUUGGCAACAAAUACCUCUAUCUUGGAACUUACGCCACUCAAGAAGAAGCAGCUACAGCUUAUGACAUGGCAGCCAUCGAGUAUCGUGGACUUAACGCCGUUACAAACUUUGACCUUAGCCGUUACAUCAAAUGGUUACGUCCUAAUAAUUCUCAACAAAACCCUAACUCUGAUGCUGAUCAAAAACCAUCCGCUACUGAAGACCUUGAAUUAACUUUCUCCGGCUCAACCGCCACCACCGAAACCUCUUCGCCGCCGCCACCACCGCCUAGUUCGGUUUCAUCUGCAUUAGGGCUUUUAUUACAAUCCUCAAAGUUUAAGGAAAUGUUAGAAAGAACAUCAGCCAGUACUACUACCGAUUGCCCUACCACCCCACCGGAAUCCGAACGGCCCCGUCGGUGCUUCCCGGACGAUAUCCAGACAUUCUUCGAUUGCCAAGAUUCCGGUAGCUACACUGAAGGAGAUGAUAUUAUAUUUGGAGACCUAAAUUCAUUUGAUUCACCUAUUUUUCACUCUGUACUUGAUGCUUGAAGAUGGGGGAAUUUUGCCAUAAUAAGUUUAGCUAUAUUUUCCGACAAAAAAAAAGUUUAGCUAUAUUCUUAAAAUACAUAAAUUAUUAGGGUUUUUUAAUACAAGGAGGUAGGGAUGGUGGUCGGAGACGAUGACGAUCAAUGGGGUAAGUAAGAAAAUAGAAACAAUUCAGAUUUCAGAAUUUUUUUUUUCUUAACAUAUAUAUGGUUUCUCUUCUUCUUCAUCGUAAGAUGUGGAUGUAAGAUUAUCUUUAAAUUAUAUGUAGAUAUAGGAAACAAAUUAGACAUUCAUUUAUCAAUUAUUUCUUUUUAAUAAGACAAAUUUUGGCAAACUCAA